UUACAAUCAUAUUUUGCACGGCAUACAUUCUUCAUUGCUUGUACUCUUUUCUAUUCCAUUCGUUGCAUGCUUCGCCAGAACAUCGAACUUUCGGAUCAAAUAGCCAAACGCCUCAGUCGUUGUUCAUGAAUUCUUACUUCGGUUCACACGACUUACACCGCAUGGAUCUGGAGAUGGUAACCCAAAGGCAUUGCCUCACUCGCUGCUCUGCACCAUCGUUCUUCCCCUUAGCGACCGCUACGGCGGUUACACCGGUGGCGGCAGCGCUCACAGCGCUCAUCCGGAACGCGCUGGUCGUCAGCGUCCCGCCUCCAAUGCGGCGUAGGAUCCAACAUGAAGAAGUGGUCGUCGGCAGCGACGGCAGAGGCAAUGACGUCGCGGUAGUCAGGAUACGUCAUACGGUCAUCGCUACAGUGUGCGCGGCGGCUCUGCGCGCGAGCACAGUCUGUGGUGCGCUUCUGCCAGCAGCCGUGGUCGAAGAAGCCCUCAGACUUGGUGCGGUAGCGCCACAUGCCGAUCGCGGGAUCGUGCUUCAUGGCGCACACGUUGGAGCUGACGAACUGAGAGUAGCACAUAUCGUUUCUGUGUCGUGAUCGUAGUUGAAUGUUUCUUGCUGUGGGCUGUGGAGAUCUUGCUGUGGGCUGUGGAGAUCUUGCUGUGGAAAAGUUCCGGGCUCUUUAGUACAAGUAGAGCAUGGUGGUAUAAAGCUCGUCAUUCAUUGUGGGUGCGAGGUAGUGAGGUGGUCACAAUGGUACUGGCGACUCGCGGAAGCAGCUGUCACUGUUGACCGCUGACAGCCCACGUUGCGGCCAUCA